CCGUCGCGCGAGCGCUCCCUGCGAGUGGCGCAGGCACCAGAGCGCAGGGGCUAGACGGCCGGCGCGGGAGGAGGAUGGCGCUGGCGGUGCUGCGCUUGGCGCUGCUGCUCCUGGCAGUUACCUUCGCAGGUAGCGCUCGGAGCGGUCCUGGCGAGCGGGGACCUCCGGAGAAAAGCGGGAGAGGGAGUCAGGCCGGCGGCGGACCCUGCCCGGCUCCGGGCGGCCUCGGCGACGGUACCCGCGCGCCCGUUACUGGCGGUUCCCCAGAGGACCUGCCAGCCUCUCUGAUCCCUCAAUUUGGUCUGUUUUCAAAAUAUAGAACGCCAAACUGCGCUCAGUAUAGAUUACCAGGAUGUCCCAGAAACUUUAACCCUGUAUGUGGCAGUGACAUGUCCACUUAUGCCAAUGAAUGUACUCUGUGCAUGAAAAUCAGGGAAGAUGGUCAUAAUAUUAAAAUCAUACGAAAUGGACCCUGCUGAUGGAGCAGUUUACAGAAAAGGAGAUGGAGAGACCACCUUCACUGGCAGACUAGAUAAAUUGCAUUUCCCCUUUUUCUCUUUUCCUGUGUUUCUUUACAUGAGAUUUGUUAACACACAUUUUCUGAGAGCAGGUAUGGAAGACAGCCAUGUGUAGUGAUGGAUAAUUUAAAGAAAAAAGAAUCCUUGUUUCUUGGCUUUUGCUCCUGGAGUUAAGCUGACUGCCCAGGUGACUUGUGCAUUGCUUUAUUUAGUUGAAAUAAAAUCAGCAUUGAAUUCAG